AAUGAUAACAUAAGUGUGGAAUUAAAAAGAAAACAUAAAUUUUAGUUUAUUGCCGGUAAUAAGUAAAUGCCUUGAUAAUAAAUUAUUUAUGAAACACUUUAGUUGAUAAGCAAAAUUUGGAUCAAUGGAACUGUAUUGUAUUUAAAAUUCAUCAAACAAAGGAUGUUAUUAGUUUCUGAGCUGCAUUGACAUAGGGUGUUAUGAUUGCAUUGUUCUGAGAUUAAAAUGCCUGAAUUUUUAAAGUGCGUUGGGAUAUAAAAACAAACAACAUUUUUAAGUUGUUAUUUUGCUGGUGGUAAAAAACACGAAAAACUAUUGUAAGUUGAAACGAUAAAUUGUGACAAAAUGUUUGCAAUCUUGGACCUGUUAGCUACAUGUAACUAUUUUCAUGUGAAACAUUCAUUUGGAUAUAAAACAAGGAAGAUUCAAUAAGAAGAAAAAAAUGCUAAUAAAGUGUGUGUUUUACUUAAAUAUGGAAGUCAACAGUCAUGGAAGUGCAGUAUAGUUGUUAAUGAGAACUAAACUUUGGAAACAUUAUGCUUCAUUUGUUGAAAAGUAAAUAUGAUCCUUUUGUUGGUGGGAGUUUGAAUGUGUACCUCAACUGGGUCAACUCUGUUCUCAGUGGCCAUGGCAACAUGGUCUGCCCCGGGGUGGCGACCAUACAGGAGGGCAAGGUCAUCUGUCAGCUGAUUGAUGCGCUGUGUCCUGACGCAGACCUUCAGCACAAAGUGCAGGAGUCGGGCCCUGUGUCCAAUCAGAGUUACCUGAGGACUGCACUGGACCAUAUGAGAAGUCAUGGGAUCAAGUUUCAUUUUACACCUCAAGAUGUAUUAGAUGGUGACAUCAAAUCUAUCCUGGACAUUCUAUGGUUAAUUAUCCUGAACUACGGAGUGCACACAAUAGGAAGCAGUCCGUACCAGCGCAGCGUGGGUAUAGGAAAGAAGCUGCUGCUUGACUGGUGUCAGCGGGAACUAGGUGUGGAAUUCGAUCCACAGAAUUCUCUUACACACAAUCUUUGUUCAGGUGAUUGGUUUCUGAAACUGCUGGCAAAGAGCUCUGGAGCUCCACUAAGUGGUGAUGACAGAGAACAAAAUCUAAAGCGACAACUUGCAGCCAUUGAACACAAGUACGGAAUAAAGCAAGCCUUAAUCAGUCCCAGUGAUAUAACAGAAGGUACAGCAGAUGAACACACAUUGAUGAUAUAUAUCUCACUACUCAGACUCAAGAUUGGUGAUAGUGUUGAUCUACCAGAGAGGUCAUCAAGAGAGUCAUCCCCCCAGGCCUCAGACAAAGUCUCCACAGUUAAAGAAGUACCGGUUAUUGUGCUAUCAAAAGCAGGGGAGGAACGAUCUACCAGUUUUUCCCCGCCAAGGCCAGGUUCCCCUAAUUCAUCUCCUACGCAGUCACCUCCCAGAAAAAGAAGUCCAGAAACCGAUCCGGAAACAUCUGAUUGGCUAUCGCAGUCUUCCGAAUCUCCGAUAUCAUCGUACCAUGAAAAGUUAUCUGGACCUCACACUCCGGACAUUUUGCCUGAAGUGGAGAGUCUGAUAAAAGAGACGAUUAGUAAACACAUCGAGGCAGCUAUUACUCCCAGUGCAGAAGGGAUGCAAAAGCAAGAGAAUCAUAGUGCUCAUGGAAGUAGAAUUCCUGUACGAGUAAAGCAGUCAGAUGAAUCACAUGGGACUUCAAGUAGUCCAACUAGAGUAGAAAUAGAUAAAGACGGACCAGUUUCAAGUAGGAAAAUUUCUAUUAAAGUACAGAGACCCAGAAGUCCAAAUAGUAUAAUGGCUGAGGCAAGAGCUAGACAGGAACAGGAGAGAGAAAGGAGAAAAAGAGAAAAGGAUGAGCAUGAGAAACUGAAGAAAAGAGAGAGUGAAAAGGAUGAGACUGCAAUGACUGGCAGUGCAAGCGAAGGUGGUGAAAUGACUGAGCUAGGCGCUAGAUUGAAGCAUGACAUAGAUCCUUUAAAGUCUGAUGAUGAGGAUAUAGUGAAACCAAAGUCCUGUGUAUCUCUUAAUAACAUUCCUGACUUUGCUCGAUUGAAUGGAGAUGCUCAUAAUGGCGUUCCAGUGUUUGUAAUGCCAGGUAAAAAGCAUGAUAUGGAGUUAUUGUUGGAGGCCUUACGUCACGCUCGCACUGAAGCCAGUGUGCAGGAUCAGUUAAUACAAAGUGGACCAUCAGAUGAUCCAGAGUUCAAACAAGUCAUAGAUAAAAAUAUUGAGCAGCUUGAGGCUCAGCUGGCUGCUGUGAAAGCUCAGUCAAAGGAGAUUUUUAAUGGGCCUGAAAAAAGACCAGAUGAAAGUAAUGGAACCAGAGGUAGGAAGCCUUCGAGAGAGACAUCCAGAAGAAGCCCUGGACGCAGCCCCCCAAGGGGAAUCCUGGAUUUAAUGGCUAACCAGGACAUUAGGUCUGAAGAGACCUCCCCCAAGGAACGAGAAGAACAAACUACUCCUCACGGGAUUCUUAGAAAUCGAAUGAGAUCACCCACAGAUCAUGCCCGAAGAUUCACUGAGGACAGCGAGAGGGUUAGAGAAGGUUCCACUAGUCCUGAUAAGCGAAGGUCUGUUUCCCCUUACCAUAAUGGGCAUGAACGAGAUUUAGACCAAGAUCCUGACAAACGGCUUAUUAAGUUCCUUACAAAUGAAAUUGAAAACAUGAAGUUGAAGAUGGCAGUCAUGGAACAGAAGAGUGCACAAAGAUCGCUGAGCCCGUAUAGUGCUGCCCCUAGGGUGACCAGCGGGCUGCCUGACAGGGAACGAGAUAGGAGCCCAGCUCAAAUUAGCUCAAGGGCCCGAGCCCGGUUCAGUGAGUAUGGUACAGAGGGUAGUUAUUCUCCUACAAGAAGGGCAAGGUCAACUGACCUAAUUGAUGAGAUAAGGUCAAGGUCACCACGUUUUGAAAGUCCCAGCAGGUCCUUGUCAAGGUCGCCGGCAAGGUCCCCAGUGGGCGUGUCCAGAUCUAGAACUCCAGAGUUGUAUUCAAGGGAGAGAAUUCGACCAGUUUCACCAUCUGCCAGAGUUUUAAGCUUGCAAGAUUUGUCUACCUCUAUAACUGAUGAUAUUGAUGGGAACUUGACAUUUUCACCAGCCAGUGGGGCCAGACCUGUGAAUCUAGGGUACAGUAGUCCCAUAAGAAAAGUGAAUGAUGAGAUCUGGGGUCAUGGACAAACAGAAGAAGAGUAUUAUGCCGACACUGCCAAAUACGACAGCUGGAAAAGACUGAUCUCAAGAGAAACUGUCACUGAUGAAGAUUCACUGGAGUUGAAACAAGCCUUGGCUUCUGCCCUUGUUGAGUUAAAUAUUGUCACAGCUAAACUUAAAAAUGCUAAUUCAGAUAUUAAAGAUAAAAUGGCCAAAACAUCAGAUGUUCUGAAUGACUGCCGAGCACAAAUUUCGAAGUCUCAAGCUGAAAAUGCAGAACUGAGAUCACAGAUUGAGCGCGAGAAAACAAAGGCGGAGUCGCAGGAAAUGCGUAUAAAGGAGAUGGAAAAGAAUCUGCAUAGCGCAAAAACAAGUCAGGAUGACAAGACCCUUGACCUUGAGGAGUCUGUGAUGACCUUGAAAGCUGAAAAGAAGUGGAUGUAUUCUUCCACUCCACGGCAUAAUUUGUGUAAAGACAGUUAUAUGGACACAGCCCGUUUGUUUGACCUUCUUAAUGAGGAGUAUAGUUGGAAUUGUCGAGCGUUGGGUAUUCGCCCAGAGAAUCUAAAAAUUGAAGAUUUUGUUGAUCAUGAUUUAUCUAAACAUCCUUUAAAAGUUUCUGAGAAUAUUAGGAAUAGUUUGUCUUGUGACAGAAAGUUUAGAGAUUGUUCAGAAAGUAGUAAUCUUUUUAAUAUUAAUUCUCAUCUUCCACAAGAACAAGCUAAUUUAUGGUACAGUGAAUCAACUUGUGUUAGUGGGGAUUUAAACUAUUUGGGUUUUGUGGAAGAUGUAUUAAGUCAGUCAUCAGAAUUAGACAGUGUCAGUAAAGUUGAAGCAAAGCCAAAAAUGCCUAUCAUACAUUCAAAGAUCAAUAGACAUUCAAACAGUUCAAAAGUGCCACUGUAUAGUACAAAGUCACAACAUAAGGUGCUAAAGGCUGCCACUGGGCAGUCUGAUAAUAUGAAGCCAGUAAUGUCAAAGGCAUUGUGGGAUUGCAAAACAGAGUUUCCUGAUAAGCCCGUACUGGAUGACUGGGAAAUGAGUUGGGCUAGAGAAAUAAGAGAAUUAAAGAAAGGCAUAAUUAACCUGGACAAGACACAGAUGACUCAACUGGAGGAAGAAAACGACAAACUCCGCAAACGCAUCUCGGAGUUUCAGCGGGAAAACAUCAAACUACGAGAGAUUGCGUCCUAUGCUCUAAAGGAUUUCAAUGAGCUCAAAAUCUACAAUGAUAAAGCCCAGCAGACAAUAAAGGACCUAAAGACAUGUCUUGAAGACGCAAGGACUGAACGUACGCAGUUUGUGACUGAAAUCAAGAAGCUUAAAGAGCAAGGCAUGAACAACAAGAUCAAUUCCAUCGUGAACACGUUUGUAGAGAAAGGCAUUUACGAGGAUGCAGAAAAAGAUCACCUGGUUGAAAGGUCAAGGGCUCGUUCUCCAUCUCCAGUGCGAUUUAACCGACCUCGAAGCACCUCACCGGUAUUUUCUCGACCUGUUACGCCUUUACAUUCCAUUAGUCCAAUUCACAAGCCCGAUCUGAGUUACACGAUGUCGUACACGCCCAUGUCAAGGUCACAGACCCCAAUUCCCAGCAGCUUCAAUUUUGAGGACGUCUCGCCUGACGACGGUCGACCAAUUUAUCCACACCGUCGAACACUUUCAUACAUGAAGAAAUUUGGGUCCCACAAUGAUGUGUCUGCAACUCAAGUGGAUUUAAAUGAUCCUGAAAUCCAAGAGCUGCUGAAACCUAAAGGAAAGCUAGAAUAUGACCUAGACCUCAAUGAUAACCAGUACAAAGAAGAAAAAGAAAGUCAGUCAGAAAAGCGUAAAUUGUUGUACAGCCCUUACAUGGAUAAAGAUUUUAUUCCAAAGUCAGGGCACAGUCAUUAUGAGAAAGAUUACGAAAACGAAAAACCGUCACCAGAAAGUAAGUCCAGUCCAGCGUAUUUUUCAACUAGUCAGAGAAAAUCUUCUAUCGAGGAUGACUGGGAAAGCAAACAGUUUAUACAAGCCCUGGACUCAGCAGUGAAACAGACACCUGCUCAACUGGCAAAUCAGCGUUUCCUUCAGGAGCUAGACAGAUCAUCAACCGGUGAACACACUUCUCCUGAUAGAUGGCGCUCACCUUCGAAAGGAAUUCUGAAAAAUACAAAAAUGGCCCAGAAUAUGUCAAUAAAAGAGAGUAUGCCUUUAAAAAGGUCUAUGGAGUCUAGGUCAUAUUCACCUGCAGUGAGAUCAGGCACUUAUUCUCCAAGGUCACCAAGGUCAUUCACCCCUGAGUCAAGGUCAUACUCGUCACCUUCCCCAGUCAGGUCUUACGGAGCAAGCACUCCGCAGGCAAGGUCAUAUUCGCCAGCAACUGAGAGAACUAGGUCACAGUCACCUAGAACAAUGGCUCAGAGGUCUUAUUCCCCAGGUAGCACUGCAUUGUCUCCUGGCGAUCGUUUCCGUAGCAACCCUAUGAGAGAUAGUGGUUACAGCACACCAACCUAUCCUAGGACCCGGAAUCCAGAAAGCCGCGACUAUGCAAGCGGGCCCAAAACGCCCACACGACAAAAUAACAUGGGCCCCUCUUGUGGACUCCUGUCAGAGGAGGAACGACGCCAUGAAGUUAUCAACAUUCAAGAGAGCUACCAGAAAACACACAGCCUAGAACCAAGUGACCUUUGGUGCUAACGUUCACAUUUUCCAUCACCAUAGUGAUGCUUAUAGUGAUGCUUCUAUUGUCAUAGCAACAACAUUUCUGUCAUAGCAACAUUAUAGAUAUAUGCCAGCAUUUAUGUUAUUUUAAGUUUUUAUAAAAAGUAGACUUCAGGUACAAAAGUUUUGUAAGUUUCUUAUAAAUGGUUAUUUAGGUUCUAAUAAGUGUACAUGGAUAUUUUAUGCCAUCAUGAAGUGGAAUUUAUUUAGCAUGGCACUGGUCCAUCCAUCAGUAUGUACCUUGCAUGACAUGUCGGUAUGAACGUACCUCCGCAAGCUUUUGUUUUGAACUCCUCUCAAAUAUUUAGUGGAUCCCUCUCAAAUUUUCACACUGGAAUGGCCUAAAUGUGAAGAUGAUUGUAAAGAAAGAAAUUGUGACUGAGACCUGUUUUGUCUGAAAUAUGGCCCUUUUUCUUUUUGUCCAGUGUAGUACUAUGGUCGAUUUCUCUAUGUCCAAACAUGUGUUGUCGGGGCAUCAGUGUCUGUGACUCAUUUAUAGUUCAUUUUCUUUUUGGACAAGAGUAUACUUUGUGGCAUGAAAAAAAAAAUCAUGUUGGUUAAUUCACUGAAAAAUAUGUACACAAUAUUAUUAAUGACAGAAUGUGAUGAAUCUGUGUGUAAUUUAUGUCCUAGAAUUUAUUUUAAUUUUCUAUUUACAUGUAUAUUCAUGUAUGCUUAUUGAGUACUUUUGUUUUACUUGAAUGCUAUUCUCUCAGCUUACCACACCUUCUUUGUGUUUCAAUUUUGCCAAAGAAGGUUGACUGAUGGAGACACUGCUUGUAAGGUUGACUGAUGAUGACACUGCUUGUAAGUUUGACUGAUGGAGACACUGCUUGUAAGGUUGACUGAUGGAGACACUGAUAGUUUACACUUUUAAACAGUGACUUAAUUAGCCAUCCCAGUGAAAAUUGCUUUCAACUCACUGGGAUGAACAUAUUGUUAUAGAAACUUAAAAGUACUUUACCUCAAUGAACCAAUCAGUUAAGUAAUGUUAUAUCUAUAAAAAAAAGCUUUAAAUUGACAUUUUUAUUUUUUAAAUGCAAAACAUAAAGUUUACUUGAAUGUUUACAAUGCUUGGAGAAGUAUUUUUAUAAUUAAACAAUUUAUCUACUAUGUGUUAGGUUCAUUUAGUUAAUUUAUUGCUUGUCAUAAUUAAUUAUGUUGUUUGAUGUUUUGCAAUCCGAUGUUCACAUUGGAAUUGAAAAUGAAUUACAUGCUAUAUGAAUUGCUUCUGAUUGUUUUAUGGGCUGCAUAGAUUUAGAUUUUUACUACAUGAUGACAAUUUAUUUUUGUCUUUUGUAAAAGCAAAUAUUUAAUUAGCUAGUUGUAAUAUUUCAUUUGUUUUAUUUGUUAUUAGGCGACUAGAAGUAUUUUAGUAUUAAAAGCACAUGUGAUAGCAGAAGUAUUGUUUGGAAUUGAGCAUUCAAACAAAUAAUUGUUGUUAUUGUUGUUUCAAUUUUUGUGAUUUUGUUACAUUUUAGAAACCAACAAUUUGGUAUCAUUUUGUUUGAACAAUGAUGAAAUGUAUCAAUGUACGUCUGGAGUGUUUCAUGUGUAACAUUGAUAUUGUUAAAAAAAAGAUGUAUGUGCUCUACAUGUUAAAAAAUGAAAUUUAUGAGUCCAGCUGUUAUAAAAAGUAGGUAAAAUGAAUAAAAAGGCCAUAAAGAUCGCACACUUGACAUCAUUUUGUCCUUAAUUGGGUUGCAUACAAUUUACGAUCAAUGUAAUACAUAAAUGUCAUUUUGUGAGUUAACAGCUGGUAGGAUUGUUCGUGUUUGGGACAAAAAGUAUAACCGCAAUUUUUUUAUUGGAAUUGCUCGAUAUUAAACAAAUAAAGUUAUUUUUUUUCUAUUAAGCACCUGUGAUAUAUGUUGUACACAAGAACAUUUUGUUUUUAGUAUUUUAAUUUAAUGUAACUACACAUAUUUAUUGAUUUAAUUUUACCGAUAUAUUGCUUUAUUUAUUUUUAAUAUAUAUAUAUAUUUAUUUGCAGAAAAAUGUUGUGAUAUCAAAUGCUGGUAUAUUAACAGAUCAUUGUAUGUGUUUUUUAUAAGUAAACCUAUUAUUUAUAUUGCAGUAUGUAUUUUGCUGACUUAAGCUUAUGCUUUUCUGAACUUUUUUUAAACGUUGACAAAUUAGUGUUACAGCAAAUUUGAAAUAAAUCUGCUUUAUUCCUAUUUUGCUCUAAGUUUCAUGAAGAUCAAAGCGCAUUAAAAAAGUGCUCCAUCUUUACAAUUGCUAAAAAAAUGAAUUACCCAUCUACUUUAACACAAUUAAACUAAACAAAAGGCGUAGCAAAAUAUAACUUUGUCUUUGAUAAUGAUUAUUCGAGGUUUCAUUUCAGAAUUAAUGGCUUAGGGAAACCUUGGGGGCUGUUUUUUGUAUGUAAAUCAAAGGGACAUUUUGCCACUAGAGCACAAAGCGAAAUUUGUAACAUGAACACUUAAUGGAAUAAUGAUGACUGAAUAUAAAAUUAGAAAUGACUCAUGAUGUGACUUGGAGUGUUUCAUGUGUAACAUUGAUAUUGUUAAAAAAUAUCAUUUCGUGCAUUUAACUCUGAUAACCAGGUCCCAGUUUUGUAAAUAUUCUUAAGUCUGUUUUAUCAUGGUAAAUUUAAGCUCACUUUUUGUAAUUGCAAUACAAAAUGCACACAUUGAAUAUAAACAUUAAAAAAAUCUUUAAAGGAAAAUAGCAUGUUGAGUAAAGAACAUUAAUACUGUUUUCUACCACACAACGUUUAGCAAGCAUUAUGAAUGAAUAAAAUUAUCAACUUUAACCAGUUUUGCUUAAAACAAGACUGAAGAACUUUUGACAAAUUUGGGGCCAGAAACUUACUUUUAAAACCUUGUAUUGUAAAUGGAACAAAUAAAUAAACCAGUCUCUGUGAAAAUGGGGCUUACUGCAUGUUUGUAACACAUUGUCAGGGCCUGACCAGGCAAGUCAGAGAUGACACUUACCACUUCGCCUGCAUUUUUGUUUAAAAGAGAUUUCCUUAAAACAAAAAAAAUAAAUAAAUAAAAGUGGAUGGUGAUGUCCCCAAUUACCCUUUGUGAACACGUUAAUCUUGGAUGAUACUUCUCUUUGGGAACGGCUCAAUUAAAAUACACCCGAGCUGCCUGCUUAAUUGAAACAUGUUAGUAUUAUGGCCUUUUUGUGGAAAUACUUUUUAAAAUUGUGUUUAAUAUUCGUGCUAUUCAAUGUUUUGUGGUUGUUUUAAAUAAAAAUGAAAAACAUGCACAUCAAUGUUCAGUGCUUGUAAUUUUACAUAUAUUAUCUUAAAGAAAAAUUUCAUAAAAAAAUUAUAUUUUGCUGUGUUUUUUUAAAUUAUGUCAAACAAUGUUCAGAUGUUUUUUUCCAUUUUGGAAUAUCGAACUUUUCUUUAAUUCAAAGGGUUCGGUGUUUUAUUGAAAAAUGUUUAAACAUUUCGUUUUUGAAACCACAAUGCAAGUAAUUGCUUACACACUAAGCAUAGUUUCAAUAAGAAACAAAUGAGUGUAUGUGUGUAAUUAUAAGUUUGUUUUUACUUUCAUUGUAGGCUUUUCAAUUUUGCUUGUACCGGUAUUUAUUGUAUUGAAGGAUUGUUAUAAUUACUUAAUUUUAGAGUAUUAUUUUCUUAUUGCAAAUAUACACAUUUUAGGAAAUAAACUGUUUGAUUAAA